AUGCCAGCACAUCGUACACGCCUGGCUUUCGAACCACUUUCGCCUGUCCUCGAUAUUCAUCGAGUUGUCGAAUCAACUCCUAAUUUUGAGUUUGCGAUGAAUAUCACUUACGACUCAAUUGAGGAAUUUCCUCUGGAGGACUUCGAAAGACUUGUCUUGUUCCAGGUUGUCCUGAGCGGAAGACCAUUGGUCAUCAGAGGAUUUCAUCAGCGUCUUGACAAGGGCCUUUUCUCGGAAAAAUGGCUGCGAGAAAAUUACGCGAAGAAAGUCGAAGGAAUUUGGGAUCUAGUCAAGAAAAGAUCACAGAAUUUUAGUAUGGGGCACUAUUUGCAGAGUCUGCCCCUGCUCACUCGACAGGUGACAGUACACAACUAUACGAACAAAGACAUACAACGACUGUACAUGAAGGACAUCGACUGUCCUCCCGAGUGGCGCGCGUAUCUUGAGAACCUGUUACCACCCUCGUUAUUUUACCUGAACGAAGCACCCAAAGCCUUUGAGGGCCCCGCGUCGGGAAAGAUGAACCUGUCCGAAAUCCCCAGGUCCACCCAAGGCGACCUCAUCGCUCCAGCAGGCGAUUUGAUGAGUAGCCUGCCCCCAAAUAUGCGUGCGGAAAACCUUAUGUGCUACAUCGGCCAUGAGGGUACAUACACUCCCGCACACCAAGAGAUGUGUGCCAGUCUUGGUCAUAACAUAAUGGUCGACGCAUCCGAUGGGUCUCCAGAGAACGGCAAGCCAACAGAACCAGGUUCUUCUAUCUGGCUAAUGACAGAGACCAACGACCGACGUAUCGUUUCCGAAUACUGGAUGUCUGUUCUUGGGCAUGACAUUGACAUUGAAGAUUUCUUUGCUCCCUUGCAUGCAUGGGAGAUUGCACCAUUCAAGACCUGGGUGGUGGAGCAAAAGCCCGGUGACCUUAUUCUUGUACCCCCUCUUGCUGCUCACCAGGUUUGGAACCGCGGCACUCGGACGAUGAAAGUUGCCUGGAAUCGCACUACUGUGGACACGCUCGAGCUGGCUCUGCGUGAAGCUUUGCCGCAUGCGCGAAUGGUCUGCCGUGAUGAACAGUACAAGAACAAAGCAAUUGUUUACUAUACUCUUGAGCGGUAUUACAAAUUGUUGCGGGAAGCAAAAAAUGUUGACCACCCAGCGGUGGUUCAACUGUGGGACGACUUCAAGCGGCUGUUCGAUAUGUACAGGAACAUUUUGUUGUCUGAAUCCUUCUCACAAAAGAAGCCAGAGAAGAACGUCGAGUAUCACGAAUUCGAGAGCAAUGUCACCUGCUCAUUUUGCCGGUGCAACAUCUUCAACCGGUUUCUUACCUGUCCUGGCUGUGCAAAUUCUCUUGGCGGCGAGGAGGACCCUUAUGAUGUAUGCAUGGAUUGCUACGUCAUGGGUAGAAGCUGUGCAUGUGUUUCCAACCUCAAAUGGAUGGAACAAUUUCAAUGGAAGCACUUGACUGAGCGCUAUGAGACAUGGCGACGGCUGAUAAUUUCCUCUGACGAGAACAACAAGACUUUGAAGGUUCAGUUUCCCACUUUCAUUGUCGCCCGGGGCCAGGCAGGGAAAAAGUCUGUGGCGGAGAUUUGCCAGGAGCAACUGAUGCGCCGCCCCUGGAAUGAUCCCAAGAAGCCCAAGCCCAAGCCCAUGGUAGACAACACGAUCGAAGAUACUGGUAGCGAAUCCGAAGGCAACGCUCGAUCUAAAAAGCGCCGCAAACUGCGGCAGUCUCUCAUGGCAAAAUCAGAUGAUGUCCACCGCUGUCACGUUUGCCUUCAUUUCGAAGUCAACUGGAAGCUCGCACCUUGCUCAAACUGUGACCAGCGUUACUGUUAUGGCAGUUUGUUCCGCGCAUUUGAGAUCUCCCCCAGGAGGCCAUGGAAAAAUACCACUGGCUGUGUCCAAAAUGCCGCAAGGAAUGCAGCUGCGCGUGACCCAUCCAUGAGACCCUAUGAACCUAACUGUACCGUUCUGGGCCAUGACACCAGUAAGGUCGCCGACCCCCGCAGCAUCGAGACCUUAGUGGAUUUCCGGAAAUCGAAUCUGUGGUGGUUGAAGAAAUUUGGCGAUGAUGUCCACGGGCGCAUUCAAAAACGUCAGAAGGAAGCUGAGGAAGCUGAAAUGGAACGACAGAAGACCCUAGAAGACCAGGGCUUCAGCUUCGAGUCAAGUCCGUUCGACCAGCCGGCACAAAACGGCAACGAGAGCGAUGACAUCUCACUGGGCUUUGAUGAGGACGAUGGCGGCAUUCCCGUUGACCCGUCAUUGAUCGCCCAGGCAAGCACUUAA